AUGUUGGACGGCUACUCUUGUUCACGGAACACUCGACACCACUCGGGCACGUCGUACCGUUCAUUCUGUGUUCAUGUUCGCAACAUAAUCGGCAUCGUAUGUGGAAUCGAGCUCGGGGUUUUGGUAUACUUGUUCAUCUACAGUAAGUCGAUUAGUUGGAGGCUUAAUAAUACAUGCAGAGUUCGAUGAUACGAUAGGAUCGUGUUAUGUUGGGAGAAGUCUGAUCAAAAGCGCGCGACACGAGACGUGCAAAUCCACUUUACUGCUAUCCUUCACCAUCUUUCAUGCUGUGUGCGAUGUGUUGACGAUGGUAAGAGUAAUGUGCUGACAGCACGUCCUUUCAGAUGUCUAUCGCCCUGGAGAAAAACAAACUUGUUCUGCCAUUGUUGAUUGUUUUGGUGCUGAACAUUACCAUUUCUCUGCUGUUUCUGUUGAUUGCUUUGUUCACUUAUGCACUCAGUGCAGUACCAUACAGUACUGUAAGUUCUAUUAAUGAGUUUGUUAGUGUUAUCAGUUACAAUGCUAUGAAAUAGUAUGUGUUAAAGGGUUUUUACUAUGAAAGUUUGCAGAUUUUUGUACUGUUUGUACUGGCACAAGCUGUGUUUCGUGUCUACGAGUUCGUCUGUGCCCGUCGACUGUACUGGUACUACAAAUGGGCGGCCGAUCAGCGGAAUCUGCCCCAGUGCUCUUUGUUGAAGGAGGAGGAGUCGAGUUUUCAAUUUUAG